AUGCGCUUUAACGACAACCGUUGGACCAGAGCCGUGAGCGACUGGGUUCCCCGCGAUAUUACGCACACUACAGGAAGACGGCCGACACUAUGGUCAGAUUUCUUCACGGAGUCCUUCAAGGAAUAUUAUGAUGCUCUUCGUGUCCCACGCGAAAGGAGAAACCACUGGGCUGCUUUGGCACGCGAUCGGGACAAAUGGAAGAAUUACUGGCGCCCGCUCGACCAGUUCGAAGAUCAACGGGAGUCAAGAAGCAGGUGA